AUGGAGACACUCACAAUCCAUACAGUACAUCACAGAAACUGUGCAGAGAUCAGUGGUCUUAAUCCUGAAUUUAGAGAACCUUUACCCAGAUCUACAGUGACUGUGACACCAGACAGUGCUGUAUUCACUGGAGAGACAGUCAAUCUGAAGUGUGUGAUUGAGUCUGAUGACUGUGACUGGACAUAUGAGUGGUAUAAAGACAGAAACAGAACAGGAAGAAACAUUCAGUGGAUCAAAUACAGCUGGAUUAAAGAUGGAGACCCUUACUAUCAAUACAAUCCUUACUAUCAAUACAAUCUGUACACACCAUCAGCAGCAGAGUGGAGUUUCAGAGCUGAUUCUGUGUCUGUCAGUGGUCAAUACAGCUGUAGAGGAGAGAGAUCAGACUCACAGAGAUCAGACAUCAGUGCUGCUGUUACUCUGACUGUAUCAGCUUUACCCAGAUCUACAGUGACUGUGACACCAGACAGUGCUGUAUUCACUGGAGAGACAGUCAAUCUGAAGUGUGUGAUUGAGCCUGAUCACAGAGACUGGACAUUUGAGUGGUAUAAAGACAGAAACAGUGUAAAGUUACAGUCUGAUGCUCAUUACAGAGUACACAGAGACACUCUUACUAUAAGAAGAGCUGCUGAGUCUGAUCAGGGUCAGUACUGGUGUAGAGGACGGAGAUCAGGAAGACCAAACUCAUCUCAAUCAAGCUCUGCUGUUUAUCUCUCAGUGACGGAUGGUGCUGUGAUUCUGAAGAGUUCUGCUAAUCCUGUGAUUGAUGGAGAAACUCUGACUCUACACUGUUUACAUCGAUCUACAACCUCCUCCAUCAUCACAGCUGAUUUCUAUAAAGACGGAUCACUGAUCCAGAAUCAGACAGGAGAGAUGAGCAUCCCUACAGUCUCAAAGUCUGAUGAGGGUUUCUACUACUGUAAAACAGAGAGAGGAGAGUCGCCGCACAGCUGGAUCUCAGUCAGAGAACACAAACCUACAGUGACUGUGACACCAGCCAGUGCUGUAUUCACUGGAGAGACAGUCAAUCUGACGUGUGUGAUUGAGUCUGAUCACAGUGACUGGACAUAUGAGUGGUAUAAAAACUACAUAAAGUUACAGUGGUCUGACGGUCAUUACACUGUAAACACAGACACUCUCACUAUCAGAGGAGCUGCUGAGUCUGAUAAAGGUAAAUACUAUUGUAGAGCACUCAAGGAUGGAAGAUCAACUGACUAUUCAGACUUUGCUUAUCUCUCAGUGAAGGCUGAUUUCUAUAAAGACGGAUCACUGAUCCAGAAUCAGACAGGAGAGAUGAACGUCACUACUGUCUCAAAGUCUGAUGGGGGUUUCUACUACUGUAAAACAGAGAGAGGAGAGUCGCCGCACAGCUCAAUCCCAGUCAGAGCUUCAUCUUCAUCUACAUCAUCUCCUCCUCUUCUGGUCAUUGGUGUUUCUGUGGGAUUGACUGUUUUCUCGCUGCUCCUCAUCUUACUGGUUCUCCUGCUGAGACACAAGAAGAAAAGAGAGCCCGUGUCAGAUGUGACAUAUUCAGAGGUCACAGUUAGGAGAAAGAAACCCAUGGAUAAAGGUGAAAACCCUCCUCUGUACACACAGAGUCAUCAGUCAAACUAA